AUGUGCCAUGCGCCAAUGCAGUGCCGCAAGAGCCGAUUUGCGGUCGCUCAGGCGCUCUUGCCGGGCGUCGAGCGGUUUUACGAGUGCGGCGGCCUCGAGCUUCGCGCGCUUGCUUCUCUUCCGACGCUGUUUACGAUCACAACCAUUUGUGCCAUCGCGUGCAAGAGCGAAGCGCUGGGCUACGCUGUCGACGCCAAUCUCUACAGUACGAUCCUCGCCAAGGCUUUUGGCGCCAGCCUUUUGCAAGAGCCUGCGACUCGUGCGUCGUCGACUGGACCUUAGGAAAUCAAAGUCAAUAUAUUCAUUUAUACACGUGGAA